AUAAUUUUUAAUAUAUUUCACAAUCCUCUGCUCGAUUAUCAAUGCAAAAUAUAGAGAGAAAUUUUCAGGGCUUCUUCCAAUAGAUCUCUCAGGUAAAAGAAAAACAUCAGGAACAAAAAAACAUAAGAUAAAAAGAUUAAAACUUUUCCCCGAGCAAAGAUCUUGUUCUCCAACUUCUUGCUUCUUCUUUUGUCGGUUCAUGUUCACCAACAACUUGUGUCAUUAUACGUUCGAGGAUAGAGGUGAUAACAAAAAGACAGGUUUUGUCUCAACAGAAAUGGGAAGAGAAUGGUAUAAUGGAGGCAGAUCCUCUAAAAGCAAUAACAAAUCUAGUGAAGCUAAAGGCUGCAUCACUGCUCUUUACCACUUUUUUCAGUUCCACCAUUUUCACUUUCCUUCACGUAAUCAUCACCACCAACCUAGUAUUGAUUCUCCCUCAAGAAAUCCAAAAGACUUGGUUGCGCCACGAAAUAGCUUGGAGUUAACAGAGCAGUCUCCACUAUCAACAAACUACAAGGAAAGAGAUAGCUUGAACAUCCCUGUGGGCGGGAAAAGGUCAAAACUUGGAGCUAUCCUCGUAGAUACAUCAUCUGAUAUCUGCAACUCACCUCGUACCAAUACACCAAACGUGGUGGCUAGACUCAUGGGUCUUGAUCUUCUUCCCGAUAACUUAGACCUGAGCAGAUCAUCAAGGAACAGUGUACGAGGACAUAGACUCUCCAAGAACGACUCAGGGACAAUAUCUUUACCUGAGAGCCCAAGGGUUUCCUCUGCCCGGAAAUCUGAUUCCGACAUUCGUCGCCUCUCUCUUCAGCUAAACAGAGAAAAUAAGCAUGAAGAGUUUGGGCGUUGGAGACUGAAAGAGUUGAAACAAGAUGAGGAACGUCGAAGUCCCAGACAUAACGGGAGGCAUUUAGUGAAACAAAUGAAACAGAGGGUGAUCACUAGAAGACUUGGCAUGGAUAUAACAAACUUGCUUGAGAACAGAAGGGCAGGAGCAGCACAAAACCAGAUUGAGCAUAGGAAAGUGUUUUCAAAGAAAGAGAACACAUCAAGCUCAAACCCCACAUUUGUGUUCAAACAAGAUAAGAUCUCUCAGCGACCAAGAAAGGUGACCCUUUCACAAGAUUCCAAGGAGAACCUCAAAAGAGUAAACGAGCAGACGCAAAGACCUAUCAAUGGGUUCAGGAAAUCGGAUAGUGAACCAAAGUUCUAUCCUCAUCCAACACACAAUAAUCGAAACAAGCAGAGAAAGGCCUUCAUCUCAAUAUCAACUCACUCGAAACCUGAUCACUGUGAUCCUUUAGACAUGAAGAAAUGCAAGAAAAUCCCAAAGUCAAAUGAUAUUUUCAACAUCUCUGUAGCAUCAUCAGCUGUCUCUGCCACGGAAAUUCAUCGGACACAGAUGAAAAGAGCUGAAGAACCGGAACGGAAUGCAGAUGCGACGAUAUGCUCCGGUAAGACGUACAAAUGCGAGGAGAAGCAGAAGUUUCCUCAAGAAACACGAAAUUCCAAUUUUUGUGAUUCGACCACCAUUUCAGCUACCUUAUCCAGCGUAAGAGGCACCGAAAUUGACUUCGAACAUCUUCCGGUGAGGAAGAAGCUCGAAGAGGAAGAGGGAAGGGUCGUCGCAGAGAUUGAGCGGCGUAUCGUAGACGCACUCGUCCUGGAAACGGUGAAAACGGCGGCGUUUAAUGGGGUUAAACGCGGCGUUUAAUGGGGUUAAACGCGGCGUUCAGUAACGCUAUUAGAUUUGUGGGGCCA